AGAUAUGAGUACGUCAAAUCCUUCGAGCAGCCGGAUCUGCUUCUACCCAAUACCUGGAUCGUCAUCCGCAUUGAUGGCAAAGGAUUCCACAAGUUUUCAACCAAGUACUCCUUCGAGAAGCCAAAUGAUCGCCGGGCACUCGAUCUCAUGAAUGCAGCUGCCAAGGCCGUCAUGACUGAGCUGCCGGACAUUGUCAUCGCAUACGGAAUUAGUGAUGAAUACAGCUUCGUAUUCCACAAAUCCUGUGCACUCUUCGAAAGGCGUUCAAGCAAACUUGUGACGACGAUCGUGUCAAUAUUCACAGCUUAUUACGUUCAUCUUUGGUCUUCUUUCUUCCCCGAGACGCCCCUGUCGCCCCCUCUGCCGAGUUUCGACGGCAGAGCGGUGCAGUAUCCGAGCAUGCAGAAUUUGAGAGAUUAUAUGAGCUGGCGGCAAGUCGAUUGUCACAUCAACAAUCUCUACAAUACGACGUUCUGGGCACUGAUCCAGAUUGGAGGACUGGAUGCGAAGAGUGCUGAGAAGGAGCUUUCUGGUUCGAUGGCUGCCGACAAGAACGAGAUCUUGUUUUCUAGAUUCAAAAUCAAUUAUAACAAUGAGCCGGAGAUAUAUAAGAAGGGUAGUGUGGUUCUCAGAGAUGUGAGUGGCUCUCAGUAUGAACUUGUCGAGCCCGGAUCAGCCUCAGAAGUUAUCGACGAAGACUUAGUAAAGACAGUUGAGCAGGUUGCGCUGUCCAAGACGCAAGAAGAGAAUGACAAGAAGCGGAGAGCCAAAGCAAGAAUCACGGUGCAGCACGUGGACAUUAUCAAGGAUGAGUUCUGGGAGAGAAGACCUUGGUUGCUCUCAAACAAACCGGGCAAGAUACCCAAGGAGCCGUGA